AGCUUGGACCACGAUUGCCUACAAUCUCUCAUCUUCUCUUCAAAUGAUCUCCUUCGUGUAACCCUAAGAUGGCCGCUUGUCGCUUCCCAUUAGGAUUCUAUUCGAGCGAUGACCUGCAUUGCGCGUGAUAUUAUCAACAGUCUCCUCGAUAUAUGCUUAAUCCUCGCCUAGUUAACCAGCUUGCUAAUUUCCUAGCUGAUUCCAAGCCCGCGUUAAAAGGAAGGGUUGGGCGUAAGACUAGCAACCCUACACCACUAAACCUAUCAAACCGCUGGAGAAACUUUAGCACACAAAACGCCCUGCAACAGCCUGUUGGAAAUGCAUUUUUCACUGACAUGAAAGAUACUAGACCCCCCCCCGCUUCCGGGAUUAUCAAAAUUUAUAGCCUAGUGAAUUUAUUCCCUGAGAAGUAAUUAGGCUGUUGAAAGGAUAGAGAUGUUGGAAUUUGGAGUUUCAGUGUGUCAGAACACUCAUCGUUCACUGAGAUAGUAAUGUAUGCAAAAGUGAUAACUCCUAAAAAGGAUGAAACACUCGCGCACCUUGACGAUUCCCAUUGGAAGUCACUAGCACUAGGUGUAAAUUGAAAUUCGCAAGUGUUAGAUUGCAAG